AUGAAGCUGUCGCUUCGUUCGUUCAUUUCUUCCCUCCUAUUCACCGACGCAGUUGCAGCCCAAGGUCUCACUGCGGAUUCUCUUGAGAAACAUGCAAAUUCUUUGACUCUUUCAAACUCAUUCAAUCCAGUAAAAGCCGCUUACUGGACUGGUUACCCGCAUCACAGACGGACUCCAUUCGCUCUCUCUCCCGAUGGGAAGACUGCCUAUCUCGCCUACCUCGACUCUAGUGAGACGGACGUCCAUGUUCAGCCCGUUGAUCCUACGACCUUUGCGGCGACUGGGACGCCGGUUACAGUGACAGGAGCUAAAGAAGCCGGUGGUCUGGUAGCACAUGAUGAUGGCUUUGCGCUCCUUACAAACGAGGCUCUUCCUUCCGGUACCACCAAUGCGCCUGCCGAUUCAACUCCAGUAGCCGCGCUUUAUCGAUUUGAUGCAUCCGGCAAACAGUCAUGGAAGACUUUUCUUGGUGGCCCGGGAGUGAGCACCUCCUUCGGUCUAGUCUCAUCGCCCGAUCUAAACGGCGACCUUGUCUUCUCCGAGACCGCAGGAUACUACGCGGCUUACUUCGUGGUGACAGCUUACACCGGCGAUGCUGCAGGACAUUUCGGCGACGCUAUACGCUACGUCGACACCAGCGGCAAGUUGACGACUAUCUCCGGUGCUUCAAGCGAUUGGGGCUGCUCUCAUAACACGGGCAUUGCUCUAGAAGCCGCCGAUGCAGCACCAUUUGCAUCUCUCUGUGCCGAGGACCAGGGCGCUAUUUGGUUGAACACUAAGGGCCAGGGUAUGUCGACGGCCGGGGUCAAGGUGUCCAACGAGAACACCACCAAUGGUGGCAGCGGCGAGCCUAUGGGCGGCAUGAGCGGCUCAUACAGCAACAUGGCUCGUUUCGCAGACUCCAAUGCGUACAUCUUUGCUUGGGUAUCACGAGGCGCCAAGGAUCUAACAGUCAACGACUGGAUGGGGAAUGGAUACACGCACUCUGUGAACCGCACGAACGGUCGCAAUGUCGCUAUUGCCUUGUUCUCAGACAAGAACACCAUCGUCGGUGACCAGGCCACGAGCGUGGUUCCCUCCGCUAGCGGCGACUCCCAGGUCAACUGGGUAACACAGAGCUCGGCUGAUUGCUCCAAUGCGCACGCAGCGGCCUUCGACGCCAGCAAUGCACUGGUGACAUGGGAGGAGAUCGGCAGCCCGACAUGCGACUUCAUCGCCAUGGGCUGUCGGGGUACCUUCACUGGAUCGUUCUUCCAGCUUGUUAGUAGCGACGGCACGAAGGUCGGGGAGCCAGCUAAGUCUACGGACACCUUUGUCGCUGGGGAUAUGGUCACGAUGAGCGAUGGGCGUAUCUGCUGGCCGUAA